AUUAGUCACGUGAUAAUUAAUAUCUAAGUCUUUUUAGAAACUAUUUAUGCGCCAUUCCACCUCAAUCGUACACAGAAAAAUGCAUAAUUGAAAUCAACAUUUUCUGAUCAAGCAAGAAUAUCGAAUUUCAUCCAAAUCGGACCGCCCUCUUUUUUUGGCACCACCGUAAAGUUUCAUAUUUUCCGCAUAAAAUGUGAAAAACCUAUAUUUUUAAACCGCAAUAUCACUAUAGACCCACAUCAAAUUGUAGUCCUGCUCCAACCAGGACACAUUUUAAAAUUAGACGUAGAAUCGAUUGACGCAGUCCAUUUAUGAUUAAACAUAGUUUUCAUACCAAUAUUCCAUAAGCGAUACAAACUAUACUUUUCCAUAAUUUCGCUGCCGGCCAGCGGGUAAUGGAUUGGACCACAUACAUUCAAUCCCCGGUGGUUGGUCACUUUUUCGUUUGACACUUUUUUAGAUUGUACCACGGACGAACGGACAUGACACCAGCAUUUUGAUUUUGAAGCUGGUCUUCUUUUUCCUCUUCUUAUUAUUUUUUUCGGCUUGCCUUCAGAACGCGAGCGCAAAUGUCAAAACAAAAUUUGACAGUUUGCUCCACUUGACAGUUUGCUUUCUGAGUUUGGUUCGGAAUCGUCGAUUUGCGUGUUGCGUUGCGUGUUCGUCCGUGGUCGUAGCAAAUUCAAAUAAAAUGGGAUGGGAAUGCGAGGUUUAGACGUGUUCCAACAAUGAAGCGAAACGGAAUGGAGCUUCAUUCAUAAAAUUUCCACUGGAUCCUGCUAUUUCUCAGCAGUGGGUGGAGUUUUGCGACUCAGAAGAGCUAUCACACACCUACAGAGCGCAGGGAGGUCGUGCCUUGAUCAACCGCAAAAUCUGCUUGGUUCAUUUUGCGGAAGAAGAUUUCCGGAUUCGGGGUCGACCAGACCGAGGGCUUCGAUUCGGGACCGUUCCGCGAAUUGUUGGCUGUUUAUUUCUUCCCUCCCAUGUGGCUCAGGCUGAAACAAGCCGUUUUGUGGGAGAGGAUUUACGGCAUCAUGGACCGGGCCAAGGACUUCAGUUUGGAACCGUUCCGCGGAUGUUGGUGGACGACGAAACAAGCCAUUUUGCGCAAGAGGAUAUCCGGCUUCAUGAACCGGAGUAAGGUCUUCAGUUCUUCAGGAACCGUAAUGCGCAUCUUGGUGAACGAUAAUACGGGAACUAACCUAGACCUGCUUGCUACGUUCGUUGAUGAGGAGUGGCUGGAAUCCGAGGACGAGAUGAACGAUGACCCCACCAGCCAAGUUGCCCUUGGACAUGCGAGCGAGUUGAAUGAUGACCUUGGUGGCCCAUGUGACCAGGAGGACAAAGAAAAGUGGACCGGCAACUCUAACAGUACGAUCAGUCCAGAUGGCGAGGACGUGUUUAACGGCAACCCGCUUGGUACAGCAGAACCGUCUGUUUUCAUCCACGUCCACAACUGAUACGUGCGCCCCGGAAGCCAUUGGUGCAUUGAAAAGUGAACCCUCGAUCGUGCUAGAAGGCGUGGAUGGGACAAGCGAAUAUCCAGAGUACUCGUACGCCCUGGAUGCCAAGUGGGGGUCGAGCAAAGAACUCAGCAGUGCGAUCAUCCCUGAGGCCGAAGGCGGGCUGAGCUCCUGUGGCGUGUCUACCGGAAACGCCAAGCAACCGAGCUUAAUCAUCAUAUUUGUUGAGCAAAUAAAAAAAAUUUGGAAAAUCUAAACUGCAUUGCGUUUUAUUUCAACAAACCAAACCUCAUUAACUUAUCUCUCUCACUGACAGACUGCCUCACCUACAAACGCCUACAAGAACAAAUUCACGCGACGGAACAAACGUUCGGUAACCUUUCGCAACCCCCCCCCCCCCCCCC